CGAGAAGUCUAUACCAUCGGAAAGAAAGAAAACUCCUGACCCGGCUCCCACAUGUAACCCCUGAAAAUCCAACUCCCAACUCCUCUCUUUUCCUGAGCAUCAAACACCGAAUUCUAUUCUCGGCUCCGCCCUCCCGGUGUCGCGAAUACGCUUUUCUUCUUUCUCCUCGAAGACAUCGAUCGCCGACUUCUUCUUUCUCCGGAACAGGCCCGAAGCUUGAGUUCCCGCUUCAGAGAGGCAAAGAAAAGGGUUGGUCGCAUUGUUCUCCGAUUGGGGUUUCCAGAGAGAGAGAGAGAGAGAAAACAAUAGGCUAGCCAGCGGCGGCGGCGGUGAUAUGGAGACCGGGGGCAACUCGUUGCCGUCGGUGGGGACGGACGGGACGAAGCGGAAGGUGUGCUACUUCUACGAUACGGAGGUGGGGAACUACUACUACGGCCAGGGCCACCCGAUGAAGCCCCACCGGAUCCGGAUGACCCAUUCCCUCCUCUCCCACUGCGGCCUCCUCCACCACAUGCAGGUCCUCAAGCCCUUACCAGCUCGCGAGCGCGACCUCUGCCGUUUCCACGCCGACGACUAUAUCGCCUUUCUGAGGUCGAUCACGCCGGAGACGCAGCAGGACCAGAUCCGCGCCCUCAAGCGCUUCAACGUCGGCGAAGACUGCCCCGUCUUCGACGGCCUCUACAGCUUCUGUCAGACCUACGCCGGCGGCUCUGUCGGCGGUGCCAUCAAGCUCAACCAUGGGCAUGACAUCGCCAUCAACUGGGCGGGCGGACUCCACCAUGCCAAGAAGUGCGAGGCCUCCGGGUUCUGCUAUGUCAAUGACAUCGUUCUCGCCAUCCUCGAGCUCCUCAAGAUUCAUGAGCGUGUACUGUAUGUGGACAUUGAUAUCCACCAUGGAGAUGGUGUUGAGGAGGCUUUCUAUACAACGGACAGAGUAAUGACUGUUUCAUUUCAUAAAUUUGGGGAUUACUUUCCUGGAACUGGAGAUAUACAUGAUGUUGGACAUGAAAAGGGAAAAUAUUACUCUCUGAAUAUUCCAUUAGAUGAUGGAAUUGAUGAUGAAAGCUACCAAUCUCUCUUCAAACCAAUAGUGGGAAAAGUGAUGGAAGUUUUCCGGCCUGGUGCCGUGGUGCUUCAGUGUGGGGCUGAUUCUUUAUCUGGAGAUCGCUUGGGCUGUUUUAACCUUUCCAUCAGAGGUCAUGCAGAGUGUGUGAGAUUUAUGAGAUCUUUCAAUGUGCCAUUGUUGCUGCUGGGUGGUGGCGGAUACACCAUCCGGAAUGUUGCACGCUGUUGGUGCUAUGAGACAGGUGUUGCACUUGGUGUAGAGAUUGAUGACAAGAUGCCGCAACAUGAAUAUUAUGAGUAUUUUGGUCCUGACUAUACUCUUCAUGUUGCACCAAGUAAUAUGGAGAAUAAGAAUACACGCCAGCAAUUGGAUGAAAUAAGAGCAAAACUUUUAGAUAAUCUUUCAAAGCUCCAGCAUGCUCCCAGUGUCCAAUUUCAGGAACGACCACCUGAUACGGAGUUUCCAGAGCCAGAUGAAGACUUAGGGGAUCCAGAUGCAAGACAUGAUCCCAAUUCUGAUAUGGAAAUGGAUGAUCCCAAGCAACUAGAUGAGUUAUCUCGCAUUCAGAACAUAAAAAUCAAGAGGGAGAACAUUGAAAAUGAAUUAAAAGAUCAGGAACAUUACAAAGUUGCUGCAGACCAUGCUAAAGCUGUGGAACCUAUGGCUGAGGAGAUCUUGUCCUCGAAGGCUUUAGAGAUUGGCCCCAUGGCUAUUGAUGAGCCAAGCAGUAUAAAGGCUGAGCAGGAUAACCCGAACAAGUUGUCCACUGUACCUGUUAUGAUGUGCCCAAAAUCCUAACAGCGAAGUUAUGCUGAGGCAUGGUUGAGGCAAAAGAGCUGUUGCACUUUGUUCAAAAGGUGAGUUUUGCGAUUUCAACAAGCCUUGGAUAGGAGAAUUGCAUGCUAUACCAAAGAUGCCAGGUAAGUAACAUCAACAGAAGCCAUAGUUACUUUCUGAAGCAUCUCUUAGAAUUCUUCUGUAUAGCAAGUGGUCUAUUUGCAUUAUGCCUGCUAUACCUAAAUCCUUUGGCAAGUCCUAUUGUCCUUUAGUCGCUACAUGUGAUGCGAGAAGGCUUUGUAGGUCUGGAGUUUCAAGAAGUCAGGUAGCUAAAAGCUUCAAAGGGCCUGGUGAGAGGAGAAAUGGGGAAAACCCCAAUAUUCAGUAUGUGUGAUGAAAAGUAAAUUAGAGUCCUUAGAGAAGUUUUCAAGACAAGAUGUCUCAUUUUGCAAAUAUAUAAAUGAUAGGUUUCAACAUGCAAUUAAUUGAUAAAAUAAGGGGCAAACAUAAUUAAUGGAUUAUAGGUUUCUACAUGCCAUUAAUUGAUAAGAGGGUCAAACAUAAUGGUUCUGGGCCUUUUGAGGUCAAACUUUUUGAGUCAAUGGUUUGAAUGAUUUUUGAUCUUCUUCUGGUUUAUAUACAUAACCUAACCUACUUAGAUUCUAAAAGUGGCACCAUCUGCCUUGUGUUGUGCAGAAAUCUUGUCCAUCUAUGGUAUAAUGGUAUCACAUCCUGCCUUAUUUGGUUGUUAAACAAUAGAAUGCGGACAUGAUCAAGUUGGAUUCAGUUUGGCUCAUUUCAGAAUAGAACGUGUCCUGCUUGAGCCCAGUUUAAUUAAUAUAGAGUGAACUCAAGUCUCAGCUUAUUAAGCUGGCUGCAUAGAUCCAGGUUUUCCCUUAUUAUCAGAGCCUGAUGUGGAGCUAAAAUAGGGGCUACAGUAUGGCUGAAAUUAGAUUGGAUAUUUCAUGGAUUGCUUCUGAUUCUUAAGAUCAGAGAUUUAAUCAUUCUUUGAUGAUGGAAAUUUGGAGGCUCAGCUCGGGUAUUACCUGUGCAGUGUGAGGCUAAUAAAGCGGCUGAUUAGGUGCCAUCAUUUGUGGCAAAGCAGGAGACUCCUGACCUACCGGGCGAGCUCCGGAAUAUUUUGUUUUCAAACACUGGCGAUCAUGUUUACUCAAAGGCUUUGUAAAGCAGCCCGCAAAUUCAACAAAAAAUAUCCAUCCAAAACCAUUUCUGUAUUCAGAUUAUUUGAAUAUCCAUGUGAAUAGUCGUAUAUAGUUUUCAUGAACGUCUACAAGAAGAUAAGUAACAACAUUAGCAUAUUUUUAAUA